AUGACCACUCCCCACGUAAUCGCAUCUUCGUCGGGUCAUCACUCCUCCCAGUCCUCAGGCGUAGUCGGUGCUCACUUCCGAGUUGGCAAGAAAAUUGGAGAGGGGUCCUUCGGUGUCGUCUUCGAGGGUUCCAAUAUCCAAUCCACUCAACCGGUCGCCAUCAAAUUUGAACCCAGAAAGUCUGAGGCACCGCAGCUGCGGGAUGAGUACAGGUCCUACCGCACGCUCAACGGCACUCUUGGUGUUCCACAGGUUUAUUAUUUCGGCCAGGAAGGUCUACAUAACUGUCUCGUCAUCGACCUCCUUGGACCCAACCUGGAGGACCUCUUCGACAUGUGCGGCCGUAAAUUUACGAUCAAAACCGUGUGUAUGGCUGCUAAGCAAAUGGUUACGCGGGUGCAAUCAAUUCAUGAGAAAUCCCUCAUAUACCGCGAUAUUAAACCCGACAAUUUUCUCGUUGGAGUCCCAGGAUCCAAGACCGCGAACGUCAUCCACAUAAUCGACUUCGGGAUGGCGAAGCAUUAUCGCGACCCGAAGACGAAACAACACAUUCCUUACCGCGAGCGCAAAUCGCUUUCCGGCACAGCCCGGUACAUGUCCAUUAACACGCACCUGGGCCGCGAGCAAUCGCGUCGCGACGACCUCGAGUCGCUCGGCCAUGUCUUUAUGUACUUCCUCCGCGGUGGGUUGCCAUGGCAAGGCCUCAGGGCAGCCACGAACAAGCAGAAGUAUGAAAAGAUCGGUGAGAAGAAGCAGAGCACGCUCAUCGAGGAGCUGUGCGAAGGUUUUCCGGAGGAGUUCGCCAUCUACAUGAACUACGUCCGGAAGCUCGGCUUCGAGGAGACGCCAGACUACGACUUCCUCCGCGAGCUCUUCACCAAGGUGCUCAAGACGCUCGGCGAGCCGGACGACGGCGUCUUCGACUGGAACCUGCUCAACGGCGGCAAGGGCUGGGAAGCCGGACAUACUGCUUCGACCCUCCUCGCGCAGGCCCACGGUGGUGCGACGCCGCACACCCCGCGCCGCGAGCACCGCUCGCGCGACCACGGCGGCCAUCGCCGCACCUCGCGGCAACCGCUGCAGGAGACGCCACAGUCGCCCUCUUCCCCACUCGUACUCGCGCCGACGCCCGCACACAUGAAGAGCAGCAGUCGGAGGCCGGGGCAGGACUCGCGCGGCGGGUCACGCGAGCAGAUCAGUGUGCAGCCGCUGGCGCCCACGAGCCGGCGGGCAAGCCAGCAGCAGGUGCGGGAGCGCGAGAGGGAGCGGGAACGGGAACGCGAUACGGGGCUCAGCCCGCACCCAUAUGCGACGGCGCCGAGCCCGGGCGGGUACCGCGCAACGGCGUACGGGCGCUCGUCGCCGGUGCCGCCGAACAGCGGUGCGCCGCCGGUGAACGGGAACGGCACGGGGGCACCGAACACAAAUACGUCCGAGUCCUUCGUGUAUGCGCAGACGCCGCAGGGCAAGGGCACGGACUCGCGCGAGGACACAAUGGCGGGGGUGAAUCGCGCGGAGCCGAACGGCUUCGGCGUGGGGGCGCACGGGAUGAGCGUGUACGACCGCGAGCAGAUGACGAGGGUCGGGGAGCAGGACGAAGAUCACAUGGGCGGCCGGCGGCGGGGGUUCUGGGCAGCGUUCUGCUGCCGCGCAUGA